AUGGUCUUGUCUUCUCCCUCUCCACUCUUUAAAUUCAACACAUUAGAUAUAUUCUGCUGCGAUUGCGCACAGUGCUUCAAUCGAGCUCUAGUUUGUCCUGCUUGCGAGACAUCAUUGACUCAGGCGGAUGAUAUUGUAUUCACGGACUUGAAUCCAACAGAGGACUAUAAAUCUAGUGUCUUGGCUGGACUCAGGCCUGAACUGAUCAUGGAGAUUGCUGGGAGAGCUCUUUCAUUUUGGGCCUAUCAAAUGACUCAAGAAACGUGCUUCCAGGAGAUGAUGUACAAGCAACUUGAUGAAAAGUAUACAGCUCUGGAACGGCAAGUUCAUGCUAUUGUUCGAGAAGCUAAUCAUGAAAUCACUGGAUUGCGUGAGAAAGUCGUCAGUAAGCUCGAUCUCAUUGAUCAUGGACGACUCAAUUAUCAAAAUUCAGGAACCAAUCAUUUCUUCACACUCACAGACUUGCAAAAGGACUUUGAACUUGAAAAGCAUCGAAAUCAUGAGUUAGCUGACAAUUAUGCAGAAAAGGGCAAACAGUUACAGAAACUUCAGCAAAUGUAUGAGAAAACCAAACGCCGAGCGCUCCUCCAAACCACAACACUUCAGCAGCAAUCGGGAGGUGGUGUCAUACAUGACAUGGAAAUGCUAGAAAAUCAUCUUAUGACAGACACGAAUGUUGGCGUUGGAUUGAUGCACAUGAAUAUGAAUCCUAUGCAGCAGCAGCAAUCAUCCAAUGGUCCACUCCAUCACCAGGCUCCUCAUCCUCCUCUUUCAAGAUCUAAUAUGGGGUUAGGCAGUAGUAAUGGUGGUAGAAGGCCUGGUUAUAAUACUGGACAACCUCCGCUCUCGCGACAACAACAUACAAAUCAACAACAGCCGCCUCUUCUUCCUAUGAUGCCUGGAAUGCCUGGAUAUCAACGGUCACCUUCUCCCACUAAUGGAACGCCCAAAUUUACGAAUCAGCCUCCUACAUUGCCGAAUACGUUUCAAUCAAACAAUAAUCGUCAGAGACAACCGUUUUCGAUGCAGAAUGGUCGAGCAGGGACGUCAUCAAGGUGGUCGCCAAACAUGAAUCAAUGA